AUGGAUGAUUUAAGGAGACAAGUAUUGUUAAAUACCGACGGUGAAGAAAAAGUUGAAGUUAACCAAAGACAUUUAAUUGACAAAAUUUUGGCAAGGUACUCCGCCGAAUUUGUAGUAUUCAGAGAACUGAUGCAAAACGCAGAUGAUGCGAAGUCUUCUAGCGUACAAAUAAUUUUUGAAACUCAAAAAAGCAGUAGUGCCACAGAACCCAACAUAUUAAAGGAUAAAUGUGUGCGGAUACUGUUUAAAAACAAUGGAUUCGAGUUUCGACCGGAAGAUUGGAAUCGACUGAAGAAAAUUGCAGAAGGAAAUCCUGACGAGCAAAAGAUUGGGGCUUUUGGGGUUGGAUUCUAUUCACUGUUUUCAGUAUGUGAAGAGCCAUUCGUCUCUUCAGGAGGUCAGGGGAUGGCUUUUUAUUGGAAAGGGGAUCAAUUGUUUGCCAAACGUGCCUCAAUUGACCAAACAGAUAAGACGUGGACCAUUUUUCUUAUGGAUAUGCGAGAACACUCGGAGUUUCCGAAUGCUGAAGAUUUUGGCCGGUUUUUGGCAACUUCCUUGGGAUUUACGGGAAAUCUACGCGAGAUAUCCGUGUAUUUUAAUGAGAAGCGCGUAAUACACAUCUCAAAGAAAAUGUCAGAUCCACGACCUAUGAAUAUUACCUCUGGUUUAAAUAUAAAUUCUCCACAAAAAAUGUUUCUCCUUAAGACCGUUGAUGUCCGGCAAGUACAGUUGGAUGUUGAAAGGAUACUGAUAUCAAAAAAGUUUAUGAGAUCAAAGGCGACUUUGGCCGAAUAUCCAAAAGAGGAAACAUCAAUAUAUCUUCGAGUUGCUAGUGGCCAUUUAGACGUUCGAGUACCAAAAGCGUUUUCGAAUGAAAUGGAGAGAACAACGAAAAAGAAGCCUCCCAAUACAACUUCCAUUCACAUUAUGUUUACUGGUUAUGAUGAACAUUCAUAUUCUUCCGAUCGAGAUGAAAAGGUUUCCGAAAUCUUUAAAAAUUUACUUCCCUAUCCUGAACAAGGUCGGAUUUUUAUUGGGUUUCCAACACAUCAAACUACUGGCUGUAGUUCCCAUCUAGCAGCUCGCCUAAUUCCAACGGUUGAGCGUGAAUCGAUUGAUCUAGUUGACAAGACUCUUGCCGUAUAUAAUAACGAGAUGCUUUGCCUUGUUGGAAUACUUUGUCGUAUUUUAUAUGAAGAUGAAAUGGCACAGAUAUCUAAGUUAUACAAAGAAAUUGUUGGAUCAUCAAUAAAUUCUGAAGAUGAGGCAAUAAAAUCUGGUCGUGAGUAUUUUGAAAGAAAGGCAGCGCACGCACUCAAACAUUUUACAUACAAACCUAGUACGCCGAGUGUGCAUGUUGGAAGGAUUGCAGAGUCUCAAUUUUAUAACUGCUCCGCAAAGCCAAUCUCUAUCUUGUCGACUCGCGGGGUACAACCGGCCGAUUUGGUGCGGUUACCUAACCCCGAGAUGGAGGCUUUUAUUAAAACGGUACCAGUUGUUCCGAAGAUUAUCAUGGAACAAUGUGACGUCUUUAUUAAAAAAGCAAAAGAGAAUUUGAAAAUAAUGGAGGAAAUUAAAAUCAACGAUGUAUUUAUGGAGCUACAGAGCCGAGCAUUGACCAUAGAAGAAACUGUGGCACUGAUGAAGUGGUGGAUUUCUUAUAGGACCAAAGAAAAUCCUUCCGAAAAUGACAUACAUCAGUUCUUACGAUUGACCAUUGUUAAAUUGAAUGAUAAUGAUAUAUUUCCGUUAAGCAAGGCUCGAUAUUUUCUGAACGCAUCG